CGAGUGCUUUCACAACAAGUUGGGGUUGGGCAGCCUUUGCUACGAAUUUGCGGCGCGCGUGGGCCAGGAUUUGCUCAUUGGUGUCGCCCCGGCCAAGAAGGCAGCAACGGUUUACUUACCGCGCCAGCAGCGCAACAGCAGAGCAAGGGUGUGGUGGUGGCACACAGACAUCCAUGGCGGCCCCCGCGGCGGCCCCCGCGCCGGCGGCGGCCCUGUCGAAAGAGGAGCAGUUCUACGCCGGUCUCGGAGGACGCUGCCGCCGCGGCUUCUUCAAGGACGUCGCCUGGGACGAGGCCUGCCUCGCGGCGGCCAUUGAUGCGUUUCGCGUCCCGGACCGGAGGUGCUACGUGCCGGACGACUGCGGUCCGUACGAGCACCGCUGCCCGACCAUCGGCUCGAAUUGUCAAAGUACCGUGACGAUGUCGAAGCCGGUGGUGCACUUGUUCUGCCUGCACGCGCUCGCGACGCUGAUACGCCGCGGCGCGCCAUCCGACGGUCGGUUCCGUGUACUAGAUGUGGGCUCCGGGACGGGCUUCCUGACGGCGGCGCUGGCGGCGCUGCUGGACAACGAGGGCGUUCGUGGCGACGUGCUGGGCAUCGACGUCGAGGAGACGCUCGUGCGGCUCGGGCGGGAGAACUACGCCGCGGACGGCCUCGAUUUGCCCGUGAAAUUCCGGCGCGAGGACGCGUGGCAAGCGCCGAAGAAGAAGGGAGGGUUCCUGUUUAUCUGCGUGGGCGCGUGCGCGCAGCACGUGCCCGCGGCGCUCUGCGACCGCCUCGCGCCCGGAGGGCUGCUCCUCAUGCCGGUCGUCGCGACGGGCACGCGGCGCCAGGCGUAUCUGAUGAUCCGGCGCGACCUGCGGGGCCGCCUACUCGCGCCGCGGACGGUCUGCGAGGCGUCCUUCGUGCCCCUGAUCGACACGCGGGACUUCGCGCCCGAGACGCGGGCGCUCCUGACCGGCGGCUGCUCGGACGACGAGGGCGACCCGCUCAUCUACGUGAAGGGCGACGUCGGCGGCCGCGGCGGCGGGGGCGCGGCCUUCUACGGCUCCCAACAGGGCGUCAUCGACGAGAGCGGAUUCGGGGUGUCGAUGGAUCCAGGCGUCGUCUUCGGGAGCGUGAACGCCCCCGUGCCGCUGGGCCCCUACGUCGCGCCGCCGCCGACGUUCACCGAACCGGACAAGGCGGUGACGCGUCGCAUGGAGUUCCUGUCGCACCGCCUGGACCGGAUGCGCGCGGCGCCCGGGAUCUUCGAGCCGGGUACGAGCCACUACGAGCCGGGGUACGAGCCGGUAGAGGAGACAUAA